ACCAGGAGGGACUGCAGGUGGAAGGGGUGGGGAGGGGCCUUCACUUACUCUGACCCAGGGUCCCACAAACCCCUAAUCUGCCUCUGGGUCAGAGUAGAAUGCAGCCCGGGUAUUUAACGAACACAUACUGACCCUUCCGACUCCUAGACCUUGCCCCUAUGAAAUGUGGUACAGACACCCCAAAAGGGGGGACACUAGGACAAAGGAUUGGCAGCAGAGGGAGUGGAAGUGAUAAGGUUUCCUUUCUUUAGUGUGCCCUACAUUUUCAGUAAACUUCCCUUUCAAGAGCCAACAUUUCUGACAGUAACAAUGUACUAACCAGAGAGAGAACAGCAGCAUUGUGUGGGAAAGAGGAAAAUCUGGGUCUAAAGUGAGCGAUGUCUGUAAUGAGGCACAUCUGAAAGGUGACAUGCCUUUUAAAUCCCUGCUUGAGUAUAUUGAAGUUUAUUCCACUCUGUUCCCAGGACAUUGCCAUAGGAUGAUGACACCUCCAGGUAGCUAGCAUGGAAAGCGAAGAUGGAUAGUGCAAAUAUCUCACUUAGUAGCUUUCAAAGGUAACCCACAAGGAUACUCUGGUGAUGGCUACAGAUGCUGGUAGACAGAGGCACUGAUAAAAAUGGUCUGUCAGUAGUUUGCUGCAUCUAUAUUUCAAUGUAUUCUGCAAGCAUACACACUGAAACCCCAACUAGGAAAUCCUCAACAGAUUUGCCUAACUGUGUUUCGGCAACCAGCAGUCCUGGGAGAGCCAUCUGCAGACAGAGUGCAGAUAUUGAAACUACAGUCCUGCAUCGUUCGUAUGAAAGCCAGGAACAGAGUUAUGAGGUCCCUUCCAUGCCUUCUCUUUUUAAUAAUGGUAACGCCCCUGAGCAGCUUUAAUAUUGAUACACGCAAGAAGUGGAUUACACCGCCCACAGCCCCACUCUCCUGGCCCAAGGUUCUGCAGCAUUCAGAUGGGGACAAGACCUGGGUUUUGGCUACUUCCUCGGUUGAGGACAAUCCAAGCAGGCAGCUCGGUAGGCUGAAUAAGUGUGAUCUUACCUCGAAUCAGCUCCACUGCAAGGAAGUUGGCCUGAGAGGAAAUAUUCAAAAGUCAAAAAUCCAGGAUGGUGGCAUAGCGAUAGCCAGAAGCGCAGAAAGGAUCCUGGCUUGCCUGCAGAAAAAGCGGGUCCUUAGAAUCACAGAAGAGUUGAAUGGAAUUUGUACCUGGCUCAGAGCAGGCUUCCAAGAGGAGACUUCCUUUGACCUUGGCAAAAUCAUUAAGACCAAAUUUAACAGGGACCAAAAUAACAACAACAACAAAAUAAUCAACAUUACUGACGCUGACAACUUCAUCAGUGCAGACAGUGCCUUGGGCAUCAGCACAUCUGGCAAUAGCACCUCCAACAAUUCAAGAAGCAGCCGUGCAUGCAAAGCAGACUCAGGGACAGAGAUCGCCAUUGUUCUGGGUGGAUCAGGAAGCAUCGAGCCUGAAGAUUUUGAAAGAGCCAAGGGUUUCAUCUCCAACAUGAUGACGUCAUUCUGGAGAAAAUGCCCAGAGGUUACGUUUCCUGUGGUACAGUACGGAGCAGAGAUCCGAACUGAAUUUGACCUGCAGGAAAGCAGCAACCAGUCCAGUGCUCUCUCCAAGGUCCAUAACAUAACGCAGCUGUGCUCUGUGACCAAGACUUCAUCUGCCCUGCAGCACGUGCUAGAUGAGAUCUUCAAUGAAAGCUGCGGUUCGGUCAAGGAUGCUCACAGGAUGAUCCUUGUCAUGACCGAUGGGAAGAUCUUUUUGGACCCACUGAGCUUAACGGAUGUGAUGAGCUCCCUGAAAAUGGCCACGAUCAAACGUUACGCCCUUGGGGUCGGUGACUUCUUCAGCAAGCAAAGGGCCCUGAAAGAGCUGCAGCUCAUUGCCUCAGACUCUGAUGAAGAUUACUUGUUUAAACGGCCUGACUGUGAAGCCUUGGAUGGCUUCCUAUCGGUGCUGGAGAGAAAUGUUUUGGGUACCUCAGUGGCAUAUCUCCCAGAGGCAGGAUCUGGCUAUGAAAACCAGAACAGCAACAAUAACAACAUCAAGUCUGAUGUGGAAGAGGAUGACGAUGACUCAUCAGACUCGGGGACAGAGAUCGCCAUUGUUCUGGAUGGAUCAGGGAGCAUCGAGCCUGAGGAUUUUGAAAGAGCCAAGGGUUUCAUCUACAAUAUGAUGAAAGCAUUCUAUGAGAAGUGCUCUGAGUGUAAUUUUGCCCUGGUGCAGUAUGGAAAUGAUAUCAGAACUGAAUUUAACUUCCUGGACAGUCUGAAUGCUAACGCUACCCUCCAGAAGGUUCAGAACAUCACCCAGUUGGGCAAGGUGACCAAAACAGCAUCUGCUAUCCAACAUGUGCUGGAUUCUAUCUUCAGUGAGAGCCAGGGGUCCCAGAAAAAUGCUGCUAAAAUCAUGGUUGUGGUGACGGAUGGGGAAAUAUUCCAGGAUUCAAUGGACUUAACAGUGGUGAUAAAUUCACCCAAUAUGGCAGGAAUUGACCGCUAUGCCAUUGGGGUGGGAGAAGCAUUUAACAAGUCCAAGGCCCUAAAUGAGUUGCAGCUUAUUGCCUCUGAUCCAGAUGAAAGUCAUUUAUUCCGGGUGACCAACUAUUUGGCUUUAGAUGGGCUCCUUUCAACCCUGCAGCAGAAAAUCAUUGCGAUAGAUGGUACGGCAGGCGAUAUUACAGAACAUGAGCUGGCGCAAACUGGUUUCAGUGCACAGAUCUUGGACAAGCAGCACAUACUGGUUGGAGCUGUGGGGGCCUAUGACUGGUCUGGUGGAAUUCUGCUGUACGAUUGGGUAACCAGCUCGGCAGCUUUCCUGAACGAAUCUAAAGAAGCAAAGGAAGCAAGAUACGGCUACCUAGGGUACAGCGUGGCUGUGGCGAAUGCACAAGACGGUGCCUUGUAUGUUGCUGGAGCUCCACGGCACAGCAUGACGGGGAAAGUGCUGGUGUUUAGGAAAGAUCACUUAGAGCAAAUCCUACAAGGAGAUCAGGUUGGGUCUUAUUUUGGCUCUGAACUCUGCUCUGUGGACGUGAACCAGGAUGGGGAGACAGACUACCUUCUUGUGGGAGCCCCGCUUUAUCACAUCCAUGGGGAAGAAGGAAGAGUUUAUGUGUAUCGGCUUAAGAAUGGUAACUUCUCCCCGGUAGGACACUUAAGUGUCCAGACACCAUCUCCUUUUGCAAGGUUUGGGUUUUCUGUGGCCAGCGUUGGAGACAUCAGUAGGGAUGGAUAUGUGGACAUUGCAAUUGGAGCCCCCCUUGAGGAUCGACUUUCAGAUUCUUCUACCUUUGGCAGCAUUUACAUCUAUAAUGGUGAUAAGAAUGGGAUCAGGAGCACCUUUUCUCAGAGGAUAAGAGCAGCUGAAAUUGCUCCAGGACUCCAAUAUUUUGGACAGUCCAUUGAUGGUGGUUUUGACUUCACUGAUGAUGAUCUCAUAGAUAUCACAGUGGGAUCAUUUGGAAAUGUAACUGUGCUCCGCUCCAGACCAGUUGUCAGAUUUAAUGUCACUAUGAGAUUCAUCCCGGAGCGUAUAUUCGAUUUCCAUAGCAAUAGCAUCAUUACUGCAGAAUUGUGCUUGAAUAUGAUCUCACCUUUAAAAGCAUCCCAGCAAGCGAUUUGGCAUUUGUCCAUUCACUACACUGUGGACUUGGAUGUGAGGAUGAAGAAGAAGAGAGCCCAUUUUGAGGAUCAGAAAUCCACACUGAGACGAGAAAAGAAGGCUAAUGAACCUAUGUGUGCUGAGCUGCUGUUCUACAUACUGGUAGGUGAUUUUGGUGCUUAG